AUGGCUACUGCACUCAAGAACAAUGUCGAAGAUACAAAGCAGCCCGCUUCGUCUCCUCGGCUCAAGAGUCGAGAAAAUGCAAAAGAUACGCUGUGCCGCAAUGUUACAAUCUAUGGCAAAUGCCGCUACGAAGACAAAGGAUGCGCCUUUAGUCAUAACAUAGACAAGCAAGCGGUGGAUAGCGGACACAAUGAGAGCCAACCGAAGAAGUCCUUAAACGUGGAAUCACCCAGCUUUACGCCCUCAUUCUUGUCCCCAAAUGGUACCAGUGCAAGCGUUAAGAAGGCUCCUGGAAUCUCUCCCAAGGCGGCAAGCGCUGCCCCCUUCAUGCCGAAAGCCAUCAUUUCUCGUUCCUCCAAUGCUACUCCUCUACGUCAAGAAGCAAGGACUCCAGACUGGGCGGUGGCUAAUGUGCAAGAAUUCGUACCCCGUGCCACUCCAGAUCAACACAUGGCAAACGAAAAUGAGAUCCCUGUCACCCAGGCAUUUGACUCCUUCCAACCUACGAAUGCAUCUAAUCCCUAUCUCGAUCCUAGCAUAAAUGGAGCAGCUUUCUAUUCUGGGGGCCCUGAGUUCCAGCAACCCGUACAAUAUCACCAAUAUGCGCCUAUCGGGCCGUUCAGCGCAAAUCUCGCUCCCUAUCAACGUACCGUACAUGAUCUAUUUAUCCCUAACGACCUACGGGAGGAAAUCCAAAAGAAAGCCGCUGCAACUCUUCAGACGAUGCCGGGUUCGACACUGCCAAGCCAGAUUGAAAACUACCAUUCGUUGGUGCCUCUUGACGCCAACCACAAAAGUUCCUCUGUCCUUGGAAACUACAACUCGUGGAUUUAUAAAGCCCAGUCGAACGCGAAUGGCCAUUUUUUUGUUUUAAGAAGGAUAGAAGGGUUCCGCCUGACCAACGAAAUGGCCAUUCGAGCUGGUCAGGCAUGGAAGAAUGUGAUCAGUCCCAACAUCGUACGGACCGUUGAUGUUUUCACCAACCGCGGAUUUGGUGACAGCUCUCUCUUUUUUGCGAUGGAUUAUCAUCCCCUCGCCAAAACGUUGCUGGAAUAUCAUCAUAUAGGCCCACCAGGCCCAAACUGGACACGAUCCACACGAACCAGCAAAGAUCAUGUCACCGAAGCAGUCUUGUGGAGUUACGUUGUUCAGAUUGCGUCGGCCCUGAAAACCAUUCAUGCAAGCGAUCUUGCGGCUCGCGUGCUCGACCCGAGCAAAGUUUUGGUCACGGGGAAGAACCGAGUUCGACUCAAUGGAUGUGGCAUCUUGGAUGUGGUGCAGUACGACGGUGGCGCAAUGCCUGUUGCGCAGUUGCAGAGGCAAGACCUUGUCAACUUCGCCCUUUUAAUUCUUUCGGUUGGCUCUGGGUAUCCAGAUGCGGGCGCCAAUUUUGUCCGUAGUAUGGACAUUUUCAAACGCUUCUACAAGCCUGACUUGCAAAAUGCUGUCGUUUGGCUCUACUCAGCAGUCCAGAAUCAGGAGAAGACAAUUGACCAAUUUCUCACCCUCAUCUCCAACCAGAUGGUGAAAGCAUUCGACGCCUCUCUCCAUGGGGAUGAUGCAUUAUACUCAGAAUUGGCACGGGAGGUGGAAAAUGCACGGCUGGUGCGACUAAUGGCCAAACUCAAUUUCAUCAAUGAGCGACCUGAAUUCGAACACGACCGCACCUGGUCCGAAAACGGAGAGCGGUAUUUUCUGAAGUUGUUCCGGGACUAUGUCUUCCAUCAGGUGGAUAGUCAAGGCCGGCCCGUAGUCGACCUCGGCCAUGUGUUGACCUGCUUGAACAAACUAGACGCAGGCACAGAAGAAAAGAUUACUCUGAUCAGUCGUGAUGAACAGAGUUGUUUUGUGGUCACGUACCGCGAGGUGAAGAAGGGAAUCGAAUCAGCAUUUCAAGACUUGGUGAAGAGGGGUGGUCCGAUGCGUUAG